AUGAAUCCCACCCACCAUUCACAAAGUGAAGGAGAGAAACAUCCCCAUAAUAAAGAAGUGAGAGACAUGGUGAAUGCAAUAACUGAUCUUUAUAAGACUGGUUCUAGUCUCCACAGUGAAGAUGAGGAUGAUGAUCAUGGUGUGAGAAUCAUUACUCUUGCUGGAAGUAACAUUGGUGCCAGUAUGCGAAGCGAGUUGGAUGAUAAGCAAAAUGUUCAUCAUGGUUUGUCACAUGGUGAGGCUGAGCCAAUGAAUACUUAUGUCAACAGCAACUUCCAGUCAGUCAAUAACUCAAUAAUGUUCAUUAGCAGCUACAACACCAGUGAUCCUGGUGUUCACAUGGACAUCACUGAUGUUUUUGAACACCAGGGUCAUUAUAAGUCUGAUAAGCAUGCAAAGAGGGGAAAGAAGAAAGAUAAGGAAGGCUUCAAAUGUGACCAACAAGCCCAACAAUCCAAUUAA